AUGGCGGCCCUUAAACUUUUUUCGCUCGCCUCUGCGUCUGCGUUCUUGAUGGCGAACGCUGUCCAUCAAACGGCAAAGCAAACUUCAUUGACAGCGCAGGGGUCAUCCCCAACCUACACUGUAGAUCUCGAUGAUGCUAAUGUGUGCCUCACCGAAAUGAACGCUGCACGCGAAGCCGCUGGACUCGAACACUUCCAAACGAAGAGCGAACAACUAACGUGGCCUGAACUUACGGUGCAGCAAAGAGAAAAGCAAAACAAUCCUGCAUGGGAUCUUGUUUGUAAGGCUCUGAUAGGAGAAGGCACAGAACAACUAGAAAUCAGCUCAGAUGAAAAUGGAUUUAAAAGCGGUACAUACGCCUACAUGGCGUUGGAAUCGGCGACGCCCGACUGUGCGGCCGCAGUGAGCCACUGGAAGGACGCCGCCAGCAACUUCACUACAAUCCCUCCGGCGAAUAAUGACGACACGGAUCUCUACGACAAACAGCAGAACAUUUCUUUUGUUGCUCUGUACAACCCUCAAGAGAAUGCCGCUGCUGCCUGCCAGGUCGUUACCUGCACACAAACGGCAGAUGGCGGAACCCCACCAGCACAAGUGCUAAACGCUGAUGGAGGGAAGACAGGCUAUGCUCUACUGUGCAUGACCACACCUGAAGCACUUACAGCGACCGCAGAACCCUUCAACGAAGACCAGUGGAAGAAGAUCAAGGCGUCCAUCACAGGUUCUGCCUCUGCUGUUGCGCCGAGUCUGGCCCUUUAA